AACAUGUUUUCAUCGCCAUCUUGAACCGAUGAUCCCAAAUAAAUAAACAUUGCUUUACCCGGAGACGUGUUACAAUCUUUAUCACAUUUCCAUCUUCAGUUCAGAUAUAUAUUUGGUUUGAGAUUUGCAGUCUAUAUCGUAGAGAACAAUGGGGAAGAGGUAUUACUGCGACUACUGUGACCGCAGCUUUCAGGACACACUGCACAACAGAAAGCGGCACCUCAACGGCCUCCAGCAUCACCGAGCGAAGAAAGCCUGGUUUGACAACUUCAGAGACGCUGUUACAGUUCUAAAUGAAGAGCGGAGCAAAGAACCAUGCAGAACAUUUCUACAGAAAGGGCAGUGUGUAUUUGGUGCAAGCUGUCGUUUCUCACACAUGUCUGAGAGACACAUGGAGAUGUUGGAGCAAAAGAUUGAUGAUGAAAGGCGGCAAAGGGAGGAUCCUGACCAAGGUGGAUCAUCCUCUGAGCGCAACAUUGAUGAAUGGCUCUCUAGAAGAGAGAAGAAACGUGCUGCUUUGACAUCCGGAAGAGUUUUAAAUAUGGAAGAGGAAGAGGGCCCUGAAAACUUCGAGAUACCUCCAUAUCUUCUUUCUAUUCCAGAUCUUCCUCCAUCCCUCCAUCCUCCACCAGUUGGUGGUUGGAGAGUGACACUGCAAAAUGAUUGGGGUUGAAAUGGAAUUCUAAAUAAUUGUAUUUCUAUAAUGGUUAAAAAUGAUUCAAAAUUCUCCACAAAGGUUAAAGGUAUAGUUGACCCAUAAAUGAAAAUUCUCUCAUCAUUAACUAACCCUCAUGCCAUCCCAGAUAUGUAUGACUUACUUUAUUCUUCCGAUCACAAAGUUUUUUUUUAGAAGAAAAUUUCAGCUCUGUAUUUCCAUACAAUGCAAGUGAAUGGUGGCCAAAACUCUGAAGGUCCAAAUAUAUAUAUCACAUAAAGGCAUCAUAAGUGGAAUCCAUAUGACUCCAGUGGUUUAAUCCAUGUCAUUUGAAGCAUUCCAGUUGGUUGUGAUUUCAAGCUCGAUUACACAUCCAAUAGUGCAUUAUAGCAUUCUGUGCAUGCGUCAAGCAUUUGGAAGUGUAAUGUAAACUAGGCAGCAUAAAAGGGAUUCAUAUGACUCCAGUGGUUAAAUCUAUAUCUUUAGAAGCAAUAUGAUAGGUGUGGAUGAGUAACAAUCAAUAUUUAAGCCCCUUUUUUUUACUGUCUAUCUCCAUUUUCACUUGCACAUUGUUCUUGUGUUUUUGGUGAUUCUCAUUCUUCGUGCAUUUCGCCACCUACUGGCAGUGAGGAGAAUUUAUAGAAGAAAAAAAAGGACUUAAAUAUUGAUCUGUUUCUCACCCACACCUAUCUUAUCACUUCUGUAGAAGAAGUGGCCACUGUAGUAGCUCUGGCCACUAUUUGCUUUUGAAAGAUGUUUGAAAGAUGUUUCUAUGGACCUACAGAGCUGAAAUAUUCUUCUAAAAAUCUUUGUGUUCAGCAGAAGAAAGAAAGUCAUACACAUCUGGGAUGGCAUGAAAUGAUGAGUGAAUUUUCAUUUUUGGGUCAACUAUCCCUUUAAGUUCAGGGCAAAUGCUAUCUGUAGUUAAAAUGUAAUGUCCUAUAUCAAUCGUCAUUAAAGGGGCAUGGAAAAAUUAAGAAUAUGCAAUGCAAUCAAUAUCAUGAUGUGAAGUUUGAAAGAUGUUUCUUUUCUUAACGGGAUGGAGUUAACAUAAUUAGUGUCUUCACUUGCCAAUUGUCAAGAAUUUGACAGUGAUCUUAAACUAAAUGUUAAGACUAUGGAGAAAGCGUCUGUUUGUUUCUGCCUUCUUUGUGGAUGGUUUAGAUUGAAAUUCAGAUGAGAGAAGCAUUUUCAAUUUACUCCUGAUUGCCUGUUUCAGGGAUGUUCUGUACUGUUAGCCUGCAUGGCCUUAGUGAAUUCCCCUUGUCUACACUGAUGAAUGUAAUACUUGACUUGAAUGCAAAACAUUUACAGGCCUGCCGAUGAAAGAUCCUAUUGGCUGUGUGUUGGAGCAGAGACAAAGGAAAUGGGUUUGUCUAAAAGCCUUUGCAUCUCUGCUGUACUUUUGAGGACUUUGUGCUAGUCUAGUUGAAUUUAGUUACUUAACUGGCAUAAGCAGUUGCCAUUUUCCAGUGGUAUGUAAUCCCAAAGACAAGACAGGAAGCAUCACAUGUAAUAUAACGGCAGACACAUUCCACUACAACAUGUAUUUUAUAGACAUACAUAGAUGUUCAUUUUAAUUAAAUUAACUGCCAACUAAAGCCUUCAUCAGCCAAAUAACAAACUACUCUGCAUCUACGUGCACUUCCACAUUUAAUACUGGAUGUACUUCAAUGUCUUUGUCACUAAUCUUACAGUACAUACAAAAUCAUUUUGUUUAAACACUUGCCCCUAAUAUUUACUUGGGUUACUCAUUUAAACAAUGACUUGUUCUACACAUAAAUAAGUAAUAUUGGAAUUAUAUUCAUGCUGUUUUGCCAGAAGGGUACUGGCCCCCAAGGUGAGCCUUGAUUCUCCCAAGGUUAUUUUCUACAUUAACCAACAUCUUACAAUUUUUUUUUUUUAUUCCUUAUCAUGGUCGCCUUUGGCUUGCUCACUAAGUACAAAUAUGAUUGACUUAUUAUGGCACUAUCUACAAACACAUCUUUAUCAAACAGCACAAUGAUGACUAUGACAUUACUGCUUUAUUUUCUGUUAUAGCAUAAUUUUCUGUACAGCUGCUUUUAAAAUGACAUCUGUUAUGCAAAGGGCUAUACAAAUACAAAUAACUUAAUUCAUAGAUAGUACAGAAGGCUAAAACUGAAAUAGUCAGCCAGAUCAGAAUACAUUUAUUUAAGUGAUGACUGUGUUGUUGGUUGUAAUAUUUCUAAAACCUCACAUGCUGACUUUCCUUUGUAUUGUAAAGGUAACGUUUACCUAAAAAAGUUUUAAAUUCUCUCAUUAUUUACUUGCCCUCAUGCCGGCCCUGAUGUGUAUGACUUCCUUUUUUCUGCAGAACACAAAAUAAGAUUUUUUAAAUAAUAUUUAAGCUCUUACAAUGCAAGUGAUUGGUGUCCAGAACUAUGGUCCAAAAUGAACAAAGGCAGCAUGAAAGUAGUCCAUAAGACUCCAGUGAUUAAAUCCAUAUCUUCUGAAGCUAUAUGAUAGGUGUAGGUGAGAAAGAGAUCAAUAUUUAAGUCCUUUUUUCUUUUACUGAAAAUACACUUACUGGUUAGGCUGGUCAAAGGUGGAUAUUGAUAGUAAAACAUCUGUUUCUCACCCACACCUAUCAUAUCACUUCUGAAGAUAUGGAUUUAACCACUGGAGUCAUAUAGAUAACUUUUAUGUUGCCUUUAAUUUGGACCUACUAAGUUCUGGUCACCAUUCACUUGCAAUGUGAGGACCAGCAGAGCUAAAUAUAUUUGUGUUCUGCAGAAGAAAGAAAAUCAUACUUUUAGACAUACUAUCUAGUAUUAGGAUCAGUAAAUGAUAAGAGAAUUUUCAUUUUUGGGUGAACUAUCCCUAGACUAUCCCUACAAGCUUGCUGUAUAAGUUUAAUAUAUAUAACAUUAGCAACAGCAAAGUGGAAGCACUACUGCUUUAAUUCAGUUGUUCACAUGUUACAAUUACAUGUAACAGCACAUUCUGGCACAUCAUAGAUUCCAAAUUGAUGCAAUAUAAAGUUACAUACAUAAUUUGUAUACAUUACAGUUACAUCACAAUUAAUAUAAUUAUGUUUGUUUAUUUGUAAUUGACAUUAUGUAUUUAAGCGUAUAUUCCUUAAUUUUCCACAUGGAAUGAAAUUAAUUUAUAUUAAAUAAAUAUUGAAAAACUACUGGUAAACAUAAUAAAAAGUAUAUUGCAUAUAAUCUUAAGAGUCUCACUCAUCUUCUAUUUUGAUAGGGGAAAAAAUGGCAUAUUAAAUAAUAUGAUUCUAAACAGUAUAAAACAGGUCUCACAAAACACACAGAAGAUCACAUGCUUGAGCUUUGGAAAUUGAAAGCAUGAUAUGUUUCUGAUGUCCUGAAAUCAGUAUAAAUGUCAAUUAUUACUUUAAUUCACAGUAAAUUGUCAUCAAAUAAGAAUAGAUUGCAUAUUUUGAGAACAAACGCUGACUUUAACAUUACACAAUACAACGUAUAUGUCAGAAAUACAUACACAAAUACAUGCAACAAAGAAACAGUUUUCAUCAGUGCUGACAUUUUUCUGUAAUAUAUGUUUCUCUUUUUGUGAAACAAUUUCUAUA